UCUGUAGACCAGGCUGGCCUCAAACUCACAGAGAUCCGCCUGCCUCUGACUCCCGAGUGCUGCGAUUAAAGGCGUGUACCACCAACGCCCAGCUACAGACAGUUCUGAGCCCAGAUCCUCCGCAAGAGCAAGUGCGCCUAACCGAACCACCACUCCACUCCCAAAAUGCGAUUUGACUCAGCCAUAAUAAUGAAUGAAAUUAUACCCCUUGUGAGAAUGUGGAUGGAAUUGGACAUUAUCAUGUUAAGUUAUAUAACAAAUAUCUCAAGUUUUCUCUCAUUCAGAAUUUAAAGAAAGGUUAUAUAGGAAGGGAACUAUUUGGAAUGAGGAAGAAGGCCAAAAAAAUGAGGGAAGUGUUGUAAGCAAUGACAAAAUACAUUACAUAAGAGGGACAAUGUUGAUGCAACUACUAUUUUGCACAGUUAAUAUACCAGUGAAAAUUGUUUUAAAGCCUGGGAUCAGGAGACAGGGGCCCUGGUCAGCAAGGCUGGGGCUAGAAUACUACUUACAAAGAGGAAGGACCGGGGACAUGGUGUUGAUCCUGCACGGUUUUCCAUCUGCUGUGGCCGCCCUGCGGUUUGAAUGGGCCUGGCAGCACCCUCAAGCCUCACGCCGCCUGACGCACGUGGGGCCGCGCCUGCGCAGCGAGGCUUCCUUUGCCUUCCACCUGCGCGUGCUGGCGCACAUGCUCCGAGCUCCUCCGUGGGUGCGCCUCCCUCUAACGCUGCGCUGGCUGAGACCUGACUUCCGCCAUGAACUUUCUCCAGCGCCACCACUACACAUGCCCAUUGCCUUCGGGCCACCACCCCAGCCCUUGGAACCUAAGCAGCUCACUGCAAGCGAGACUGACGGCAAGCCCCAGCGGGAUCUAGGUGCCAAAGCUUGCUGCAUGUUGUGUGCGCGCACGCUGCAGGAUGAAGAGGGCCCCCUGUGCUGCCCCCACCCCGGUUGUCCCCUAAAGGCGCAUAUCAUCUGCCUGGCAGAGGAGUUCCUGCGGGAAGAGCCUGGGCAGCUUCUGCCUCUAGAAGGCCAUUGUCCUAGCUGUAAGAAGUCUCUGCUCUGGGGAAGUCUGAUUGGGCAGUGUCACGUGGACGCCGAGGAGGAAGAGGACUUGGAAUUGGAGGAGGAACACUGGACAGACUUGCUGGAGGCCUGAUCCUAGGUGUCCCAAACUGAACCCUGUUCCUUUUCCGCCCCUCUCUUCAGUGCUUGGCAGCUUUUACUUGAACACACACACAAAAAGCUGAGUUAAGGGCUAGAGAGAUGGCUCAGAGGUUAGGAGCACUGGCUGCUCUCCCAGAGGUCCUGAGUUCAAUUCCCAGCAACCAUGUGGUUGCACACAGCCAUCUGUAAUGAGAUCUGGUGCCCUCUUCUGGCCUGUAGGCAACAUGCAGGCAGAACACUGUAUACAUUAUAAAUAAAUAAAUCUUUAAAUAAAAUAAUAACUGAGUUAAGGGUAACUUUUGGUGUCUUCUCAGAGAAGGGCAGGAAGGGGUGAAGUGACUGAGGCUUUGGGCCUGACCACGUGACCUUGCUACUCCCUUGCCUUUCUCCGAGGUGACAGUUAGUGUCUUCUGUACACAACCCAGGGCUGCCUGCCUAGUCCACAGUGGGCUGGGCCCUCACAUCAAUCAACAAUCAAGAAAAUGUCCCCACAGACAUGCCCGUGGGCUCAUCUGGCUGAGGCAGUCCCCCAUUGAGGAUCCCUCAGAUAAAGCUGGACUGUGUAAAGCCUAGAGCUGAAGCUAAAUAGAAUAAUUAAAAGCUCAGGAGACCAGCA